AUUUCCAUUCUGAUUUACGGCACCACCGGUGCUGCAGAAACGAGAGCAAGGUGGAAGCAAGACUAGCUUAGAUUUCCUAACACAGUAAUUAAUCUUACGUAAAAAAUACUAUUGUCAUUUUUUAUAAUUGUGAAGCUUACAGGUUCGUGUCAGUCAGGUGACUGCUGAGGUAUAUAUCUAUAUAUAUACACUUUGUUGUUGGCAUUAACAUUAGCUAACCGUAGCAGACAGCUUCUCAUCGUGUAGCCACUCAACUUCUCAGGAUCUGUCAAUUUUUUACCGAGUCCGCCGAUUUUCUCACAAACAUGCCUAUCCAGCUGACAAGUCAGGCUUACUGUAAAAUGGUUUUACAUGCAGCCAAGUACCCUCACUCUGCUGUGAAUGGCUUGUUGGUGGCCGAGAAAAUGAAGGAGAAAAAGAAAGAGAGCCACUGGGAACCGGUCUUGUGUGUGGACUGUGUGCCGUUGUUUCACGGCACUCUUGCUCUAGCACCGAUGCUUGAAGUAGCUUUAACACUGAUUGAUACUUGGUGUAAAGAAAAUAAUUACGUCAUUGUCGGAUAUUAUCAAGCCAAUGAACACACAAAGGAUUCAAGACCCAACCAAGUUGCAGAAAAAGUUGCUGCCAGGAUUUCUGAGAACUUCAGUGAAGCAGCAAUUGUUAUGGUGGACAACAGUAGAUUAAGAAUGAGCUGUUUUGAGCCCAUUGUGCAUAUCUAUGACCAUCAUGAAAACAAGUGGAAAAGCAGAGAAGUAACUUUUGACUGUUUUGAGGACUGGAGCGAAGCGCAGAAGAUCACAUCUGCUCUGUUAGAGGGAAGGUCCUACGAGAGCUUGAUUGACUUUGACAAUCACUUGGAUGAUCUGAGGAACGACUGGACCAACCCUGUGAUCAACAAGUCCGUCCUGGAUCUGUGCUAAGCCAGUCAGUCAGGAGUACUCUUCACAUAGACACAUAUUUCUGCCGUUUCAGCAUGCAUGAUGCUACUUACCUCGUAGCACAGGAGUACAAUAAUGCUGAACGCAUGACCUUUGUUCCAUGAAAAGCUCCCUGCUAUUGAGAGGAUCUUGCGGAGCACUGACCAUUUAGGCCAACUUCUCUCACGGGCAAGAGCCAUAUGUGCUCUGUUGGCAUGUGUCGGCCUUUACAAGGUGAUGCUGAGGUGAUGAAGGCCAUUAUGUGUUUGACUGCAACUUUAAUGUGUUUUUUUUUCCUACAAUGGUUUGUGUUUAUUCAUAGUUGUGUGCAUAUAUUUAAAUUCUUAGAGUUUUUAAUAAAUCUUUCCCUAGCCAUACAGAGAUCAAUAAAUUUAAAGAGAUGAUUGUACUACUAAGAUAUGAUAUAGAUACAUGUUCUCUAUUAUAGGUGUAGUUUGUUUUAAGCCCUCAAAUUUAAAUAUAGAACCAUAGUCUGAAUAUGUUUGUGAGCAGUUUAUUUAUAAACAAUAUAAGAAUAUAGAUGAAACGGAGAGGCAGUAGAUUAUUUAAAAUGUUUUCUUAUCUUUGCCAUAACUCCUCAAAAGAUUAAUUCUUAUGCAAACAUUUCUAUGAUGGGUGUCUCUUGUUAUUGUUCCUGGUACACUUCAGAAUGAAAUUCUUCUGAUGAUACAAUGUUGGCGUAUUGGCUUUUGAUUCUUGCUCUGGAAGAUUUGUUCAGAAAUACAGUCCGUCAAAUCAGAUCACAGGAAUCUGAAUUAUGUUUCAUGUUAGGUAUCUGUUGUAAGAACUAGGUACUAGUUUGUAUUUAUACUUAAUUGACUGCUCUAAAUCCUACUAUUUAAUAUGUAAUGUUAAAAUAUUUGAAUACUUAAUGUUGGGAUACAGAACUACCUUUUGUAUUUCAAAUUAGAAUGAAUCAGUAAGAGCUAUUAAAUAAUGCUGUUGAAGUCA